AUGUCUUCGCCCGAAGAAACCAUCACUUCUCUAGCUAGCAAAGUCAACCAACUUCGAGGACUCUACGGCUUCGACACGGUCAAAUAUUUCACAUUUCCAUCUCGCGAAGAUGUUUUUCUUCGUCUAUCCAACCCGGAAAGUAGCGAUUGUGGAGUUACUGCACAUGUUGCAUUGAAAGAUGGCUGCUUUGGAAUUAGGAGCUGUCCGGUAUUCCAUAAUCGGGUGGACUUACUUGGGAGACGGGGAUCAAAAGCUGAUCUAUUGUCUCAAGUUAUUAAAUGGUUUCAAGACAACAAGGCGAAACUACCCUUGAGUUAUAAAGAGGAAAAAAUAUAUAUUAAUCUGAAAGCAAAGAUACAAUCCUCAGAAUUUCAAGACCAGCAAUUUGCGGAGGAAUUUGAAGCAUUCAUCAGCAGCGAAGCUAAAAUCCGCGGACAUCUGGUGUCAAAGGAUCGAGUCGGGGUCGUUGUUUCUGGAAAAACAUUGGAAUCUGCUAUCUCUAAUGAUAUAGCACAGCUCGGUACUACCGAUGAAAAUAAUGGACGUGGAAUAAAGAGGGCUAGAGAGGAGGAUACGGAUAUGCCUGGUGGUGAUGUGGAAGUACCGCGAAAGCUUAGCAAACAAGGAAUAAAGAGAGCGGCAAGAAGGGCAAAAGUAAUGGCAAUCAUGGCGGAUGCAGAAGAGUAG